AUGGAGAAUGCCACAGGGGAUGAGCAGAACCAAACUGGGCUGCCACUAACAAGCCAGGAUAUCAUUACAGCCGAAUACCAAGUGGUUACUAUCCUCUUGGUCCUCCUCAUCUGCGGACUGGGCAUCGUGGGCAACAUCAUGGUGGUUUUGGUGGUCCUCAGAACCAAACACAUGAGAACUCCCACUAACUGCUAUCUGGUGAGUCUGGCUGUGGCAGAUCUCAUGGUCCUUGUGGCUGCAGGACUACCCAAUAUCACAGAAAGCCUGUAUAGAUCCUGGGUGUAUGGCUAUGUGGGUUGUCUCUGCAUCACUUAUCUUCAGUACCUAGGGAUCAAUACAUCUUCUUUCUCCAUCACUGCCUUCACCGUUGAGAGAUACAUAGCCAUCUGCCACCCAAUCAAAGCUCAAUUCCUAUGCACUUUUUCAAGAGCCAAAAAGAUCAUUAUUUUUGUUUGGGCUUUCACGUCCAUAUACUGUAUGCUCUGGUUUUUCUUGCUAGACCUUAAUACAGUAGUCUACAAAGACACUACUGUUGUGUCCUGUGGCUACAAGGUGUCCAGGAGCUAUUACUCUCCUAUCUACAUGAUGGACUUUGGUAUAUUUUAUGUUGUGCCAAUGGUACUGGCGACUGUCCUCUACGGCCUGAUUGCUAAAAUACUGUUCCUGAACUCCAUCCCUUCGGACCCCAAAGAAAACUCUAAGACAUGGAGGAAUGACAUGACUCACCAAAGCAAGUCUGUGAAUUCCAAGAUGACUAACAAGAGUUUCAAUAGCACUAUUGCUUCUCGAAGGCAGGUUACCAAGAUGUUGGCCGUGGUUGUGAUCCUGUUUGCAUUUCUAUGGAUGCCCUACCGCACGCUGGUUGUGGUCAAUUCCUUUCUCUCCAGUCCUUUCCAAGAAAACUGGUUCCUGCUAUUUUGCAGAAUCUGUAUUUAUUUAAAUAGUGCCAUCAAUCCUGUAAUUUACAAUCUCAUGUCCCAGAAAUUCAGAGCAGCCUUCAGGAAACUCUGCAACUGCCAGCAGAAACAGGAGAAGAAACCAGCUAGUUACAGUGUGCCCCUAAAUUAUAAUGUCAUCAAAGAGUCUGAUCACUUCAGCACUGAGCUAGAAGAUAUUACUGUCACCAAUACCUAUCUGUCUUCUGCAAAAUUGUACCUUGGGGAUACAUGUUUGUCAUCAGAGGUAACAGUUAAUACCUUUUAA